AGGCGCGUAUGCUCGCCCCAAGCCGUUACCGAACAAGCCACCGUUAAACAUUUCUUAAUAAUUUAUAUUAUAAGAACCGGCAACAUUUAAAUAAUAGUGCAAUCAUUACACUUUCGCUGGCAUAUUGGUUUUGCCAUGUAAGAAAUCCAGAAGUGUGUUUCGAUUUCAAUCAAUAAUACCGCGUGAUCAUUGAAAUUCUUUUUUACCAUGGCGUUGGGCGUUUGCGACUACGUCGUGUUCGGAAUCAUGUUAACGAUUUCCACUUCGAUCGGCUUAUACUACCGUUUUACUGGCGGAAAACAAAAAACCACUCAGGUACAUUUACUAUAGACACAUUUAUACAUGUAUAUAAAUGUACACAUAUAAUAUCAAUAGUAAGCCUUAAACAUACACAAAUGUUUUUGUCUUUACUCUUUGUGUUUAUAAAAAUGGGUUCGAAAAGCACAGCGGUAGUGGCAUUUGUAUAAAAUAUAUGCUCAUCGUGUCAUAUUCCUAUGAUACCAUAAUAUAUUGUGUUACAAAGUGUAUGGUCUUAUUUCGAUAUUUUAAACUUUAAAAAUAAUAAAAAAAAAAAGAUCUUGUUAUUUCUCAUCUUCCUCUUAAAUACUAAUAUGUAUUUUUAAAGCGUCGUGUGACGUAUGCCUUUUGCCAUUUUCUGAUUGGCCUAAUAUCAGUACAGUCUAUAGACGAGUAAAAUUUGAGUGGCAAACCAUUGCUAACAAAAAACACUAUUAGGGGAAAUUAAUAUAUGCAUUUAUGAAACGCUGUAACUUUUAAGAUUUUAGUCAAAAUUUGAUCUUGAAAUGCUUAUAAAAGAAAACUACUUCAUUAAGCUCAACUUUUUUUUUAAUUACUAAGUAAAAAAUACAAUAAGCCUCGUAAUUAAUGUUAAAAAAUUGCGUUCACAUUGAAAUAAAUGAAACUAAAAACUCGAAAAUUUCAAAUGUCUAUAAAUAGCUCAAAAGUUAUUAGAAUAUUUACCAGGUCAGAAUCCAAUAUAAGUAUUCUGUGAAUAUUUCAGUUGUUUACGGAUAUUUACUUUAAAUAUCAUCGGACAACUUUUUUAAAUUUUUUAAAUCGUUUCGAAAUCAAAUUUAACCGAAAAUCUAAAAAAAAUUACGAUACUUCAAAUUAUGUCUGUGCUCAGAAUCGUCUUUCGUGAGCAAUGGUUUAUCAUUGCUAAAUAAAUUACUAAUAAUUACUAAACAAAUUAUAAAUGAAAUAAUCUUAUGUAUCCUAUCUUCCUAACUUCUCAACUACAAUAGUGGCCGCUGCCAUCCCCAGUAUCAACUUUUUUUUAUUUUUACGUUUUUUUUCGGUUUUGUAAAGUCAUUUUUACUUCCUCAAUGCACCAACUGAAUCCAAAAUACAACAAAAUUAGUAUUUUUUAAUUUAUUAACUGAAGCAAGAUGUCUGAUAGAAAAAAUAAUGCAUACAUCAUAGUAAAUCAAUAAAUUUCUCGUUACACUCAAAAUCUAAAAGGUGUGUUUUGUAUUGCGAAUGAGUAUUCACAAUAUUACCGAUCGACGAGCACGUAAAAAAUUGUCGAAAACUUAAACCUUAAGAUUGAAACUUAAAUUACAUUGUAUUUAUUUGGAAUUUUGCUUUAUAUAUAUUUAGGAAUACAUGUUGGGUGACAAAAACCAAAAAGUUUUGCCUGUCGCAUUUUCUCUGAUGGCCAGUUUUAUAUCAGCCAUCACGAUGUACGGCCUGAGUGGAGAAAUAUACACUCACGGCACCCAGUUUUCCGUCGUGGUCUUGUCAUACCUGAUAGCUACACCGGUAAUCGGUUACGUGUAUCUACCGGUUUUCUUCAAACUGGGCAACCUAUCCCUUUAUGAGGUAAAAUAAUAUUAUAAUUUUCAUUUAUAACACAUUACACAUCAUAAUAUAGGUAAGGUCGGUUAGGACGAUGCGUAAAAUUCAAUUUUUUUUCUCUAUAAUUUAAAUAUUUUUUACUGAAUUAUAAAAAUAGCAAAAUUGGAAAAAUAAUAAAAGCAUUAUUUUCGUAAAUUUCCUACUUUUCUUAAGUUUUAUCUUGGGUUUUCCCAGAUAUUAUGAAAACCACUUGGAAAAUGAAAAAAUGACCUCCCAAAAGUACCAUCUGGACAAUAUUUCCUUUUAGAAAUGGGGCCGCGCGUAAAUAUCGGACUAAGAUUUCUAGUAGAAUUUUUUGUACACACUAAGUACAUAAAUAAAAAAAAUACCUAUGGAAGAAUAUCGGAUAUUUUCUAACCCUUUUCGAGGAAUACGCGAAUUGUGCCUAAUCGUACUUAUCCAAUAGUACCCAUACCUACUCGUACUGAUCUUUACUGAGAGAGGAGUUAGGGGUUUACGCACUCUCCCAAAAUUCCAGGAAAUUCGUUAAGUAUGGUUUUAAUUUGUGUAGAGUUAUGAGUGAUUUAACCUUAAAAACCUUAACCACCUCUCCGAAAAAAAAAUAUAUAACUAUUCGUUUGUUUAUGUACGCGUCUGAUGUUCUUAAAUAUGUAAUUUAUCCACAGUACUUGGAAAUACGAUUCGGCCGGUCUACUCGGAUGGUCACAUCGUUGGCAUUCAGUAUACAAAUGAUUUUCUACAUGGCAAUCGUGUUGUACGUCCCGGCGUUGACUCUGGAAGCUGUGACUGGACUUCCCAGAAGUGUGUCCAUCGUCACCGUGGGAAUAGUGUGCGUGUUUUAUUCUACGAUGGGUGGGAUAAAAGCAGUAAUCAUAACGGAUUUAUUUCAAGUAGGUGACCAUGAUAAUAAUCAUUUUUUCAUUUAACGUGUCUAUGUAUUUAGAUUUUGUUAUCGGCAGUAUGUUAUAUACAUUCAAUUCGACAGGCAUUUACAGUUAAAUACCUGAGAGUUAAAAAAUAGAUAAGAAAUUAGACUGUAGUCUAUACAUCUGUACUACCAGAAACAAUUUUUUUUAAUUAAAUAAAUUAAACUGAAAUUAAAUUUAAACACCUGCAUUUUUAAAAAUACUGAUUAUAAUAAUAGCUUGUUUAAAGCAUCAAUAAAUCGUCAAAAAUAGAAAACAAUAACCCAACAGAACACCCAAAAAGUAUAAAUUCAAUAGUGAGCUAUCCGUAUAAGAUUACAGACAUUUGAAAAUCCGGUUUCAAGACAUUUUCAAACAACUGUCUAGAUCCAAAAUUCCAUUUUGAAGAAAAAUAAUUUGUAUAGCAUUCCAUUUAAAUGCUAUAAAUUUUGUCCAUAACCUGCGAAUUCGUUGUCAAUUUUCAAAAAUAUUUUAAAAUAAUUUUGAGAAUCUAUAAAUAAGUUGCAAAUUGAGUAAUACUGCACUGAAUUGAAAAUCCGCAUUCUUUUUAGUGAACGAUUGGUUUGCAAAGUUGUUGAACGAAAAAAUCACACAUGAGUAAAAACACCUAAAAGUAAUAAUGUCAAUACUGUAUUAGGUGUACAAAAUUCAAAUUUUAUCGGAAUGACAUAAUUUUUCUGUAUUCGAUUGCAGUCACUACUCAUGUAUUUGUCGAUCCUCGCCGUGAUCGGUAUGGCCAUCUACAAAACUGGUGGUAUAUUGGAAAUUUGGAAAAUUGCAGAUAAAUACGGACGUAUUAACUUUCAUAAGUAAUUAUUAUUGUUUUCGAUUAUAAAAUAUUAAUAAAACAUCUUUUUUACAUUUUUUUUUUUCUUGUAAUAACUACUAGAGCCUUAUGAUUCUUCUAUAGCCUAUUUUAUACUUUCAAAACAAAAUAAAAUUUAAAUAUUUAAACAAUUUUUUUUUUACAUAAUCCAAGAUUUGUGAAAUCCAAGUCAUUUCAUAAAUAAUUUUGUAACAAAAUUUUGUGUUAAACAUUUUUACUAAUGAGUAAUUAUGAACCAUUAAGUUUCUACAACUUGUUAAAGAAAAUUAUUUGUCAUGGACAAAUUGACGAAUAGAUUAAUAUUAUGUAGUUGUGACUAUGACAACAAUUUUAAAUUGUUCGCUAACUUCAAAAAUGGAUUUAUAAAUUUGUUUAUAAUGAGUAAUGACUAUCUUGAAUUUCUUAUCACAGAACUACAUCUAUUAUUAUACGCGUAUUUCAAAAUAAGGCGCCUAGCUCCAAAUUCUUCCUCCUUCUCGGUUCACCAAUUACGUUUAAUGUAUUCAUCUUUUGUUAGCCCGGAGAUUUUCUACAAAGUUACCCUUUCUACCGAUAAGAACUUUCUUUCAUCUAAUUCUCUUAGUGGUUACUAUCUGGCUUUCCCGAUUACCAGAAAAAUCAAAACAACAUAAUAAUAUUAUACGAUUGUCUUCACGGAAUAAAAUAUUAUUAUAGUUAUUAAAUUUGUAUUAUUAUCGAUUUCAGUUUUAACAUCGACCCGACAGUGAGGCAUAGUUGGUUGAGUAUAACUAUGGGUGGAUUUUUCACGCAAAUAUCCCUGUACGCCGUAAACCAAACACAAAUCCAGCGGUUUUUGACCAUGAAAGAUUAUAAAUCCGCCGUGACAGCGCUCUGGGUUAGCUUGCCGCUAGUCAUGCUGAUAUCGGUUUUGACGAGUUUUUCGGGUCUGGCAAUAUUUUCAAAAUACUACAAUUGUGAUCCCCUCAAGUUCGUGUUAUUACAUACAUAUUAUUAUUUCUUUUUAAUACAUGUAUAUAUUAUUAUAUUAUACUGUGGUGGCUCAUGGCUUGGAUGUUAGGACGAUCACACUGCAUAAAAUUUAACGAUAGGACAAAUUCUAAUUUUAUUUUAGGUUUAUAAAAAUUGUAUUGUUCUGUUGGUUGUCAUUAAAAUUAGAAAAUAAUAACAUACAAUUUCACAGCAUCGUUUGAACAAUCAUAAAUUGAUAAUGUUAAUAACAAUAUCAAGAAUGAUGGAUUUUGCUACGCGUUUUCAAUUCAUACGCUCGCAGCGAGCAUUAUAUCCGGCGAUAAUAUUUAAGAUAACGUUUAAUCAAUAAUGAUAAUCGUAAAAAUACUGUUUGGUAUCAUAAAAGUAUGUGUAUUGGUAUAGGUAAUUGUGUAAUCCUAAGACAGGACGUUUUCAUAUUGUCGCACUUCUUUCAUUAGCGCCCACGAGUUGCCAUUAUAUACAUUACACAACAAACCUCUGUAAUAUUGGACGUUUUAACAGGCUUAACAGGUUUAACAGCGAAAUCGUUAUGUAUAUCUUUUGGAUAUUUUUUAUGGGCGUAUACGGUAUACGUGUAUAUUAUAAAAUGAAAGUACAAAUCCAUCAACGAAUCGACCAUCUAUAAAAGCGGUGUUGUACUUUACACGACGAUAAUCAUAAACUUUUUUAAUAAUCACUGUUUAAUUUUUUCUGUAAAAUGUUCAGAUAAUUAAAACAUGAUUGCAUUUUUACAUUUUUUUUAUCCAUCCGUUUACGAAUAUACAACGUUAUAUUUUUAAUUAAAAAAAAAAAAAAAAAAUCUACAUUGAAUAUAAUUUUAAUUUUGUCUUACCAAUUAAUCCAAUCGAAACUCAAUAAACUGACUAUAUGGGGUCUAUUUUGUAUGCCAUACGAAUGUAGUUCGUAUACAAAAAUUGGGCAUUUUUCGUAUGAAAUUCCAAUUCAGUAUUUUGUCACUACUUUCGUAUACGAAAACUUAUCGUAAAUACGAUUGAAUUCCAUUCAUACGUACAUUUUACGCGUGAUGCACGAAAAUGGUAAUUUAUACGAAAUUAACGUUCGUUUAGCAGUAAUUUGAAACUAUAUUCGUAAGACGAAAUCGCUCAUAUGUACGAAUGGUUAGGUUAUGAUUGCAACAUAUGGUGCAGGGUAUGUGAAAGCUGAUUUUUGUAUACUACAACAAAAUGAAUAUUUCUAUAUUUAAGGCGAGGUGAGGAUGCGCUCCAAAAAAUCUAUAAUAGUUGGUUUUUGGUCGCCAAUUAUAAUCGCCAGAUUUAAUUUUUGUUCUACAGACAUUUGGUUUUUUUAAAGGCGAAUAAAACCAAGCUGAUAAAUAAUCAUACAUAUCACUAGAAUAACACGAGUACGACUGUACGAGAAAUAAGUAACCAUUACAAUAUAAUAUUAAUAAAUUAUCAAUACGCUUCAAACUUGUUAUAUUUUAACCAUACAUGGAAUCUCUGUUUUAUCUUUAAAUUAAAGCUAUUAUAUAGUUAUCAAUCUCAAUAAUUACACAAUUUUUGAUUCCUAUAUGAAAUUUUAAUUUCAAAAUUCAACUACAAUGAGUACUGAUAUAUAUAUUUUCACUAUCGUGUUCAGAUAAAAAUGUUAAUGUAUUAUUUAACAAUUUGAUGUAGGUGCCUAUGUAUACUAUUAUUAUGCAAUAGCCAUAUUAUACUAAAUAAUUUUAAUAUAAACAAUACAAUAUUUUUUUACAUAUAAUUGUACAUUAAAUUAGUAAGUUAGAAUACCGCUAUUAUUCGUUUAUUUGUACGGACUAAAUACGAUGUAGGUAUACGUAUGUUAAAAUGUUGUUCGUAUAGGUUCAAUAUUAAAAUACGGAUAUAAUGACGUCAUACCAUUCAAAUAAAUCAUAAUAAUAAUUAUUAUUGUUAACGUUUCGAAAAUUUUCUAGGGCCGGGGUUGAAACGAGAAUUUUAUUAAGGACCACGCGGUACCAGGAGUACAGGAGGUUCGGUGUGCGCUGCCGCUGCGGCUGCCACCGACGACUCGUCGCGGGAAUCUCGUUCGGCCGCCGACCGAUACGACUCGUCGCAGUAAUAUCGUUCGGGUACCGACCGCUACGAAGAGUCGCGGCAAUAGCGUUCCGAGUCCUGCGCUCCUGGUCCAUUGGGGUCUAUUAUGUUUGACGUAUGAAUAUUUUACACUCGUUAGUACGUUUUUUCGUAUACAAGCACGAUUUGGUAUUUUGUGUAAUCAUAACCUAACCUUAGAUACACGAAUCGUUGACAUUACGCGUGUUUUUCGUACAACAUUUAUAUUCGUACGUACGGCGUCAUUUUAUUAUGUUUUAAACGUUCAUCCGUAUUUAAAUCUCGAACCUAUACGAACAGCAUUUUAAAAUACGUAAACCUACAUCGUGCAUCGUGCAAUCUACAUCGACCUAUAGUCGUCCGUACACAUAAACGAAUAAUGACGGUAUUCUAACUUACUAUAGAAACACUAAUUGAAUGUAUUAUUAUCUAUAAAAACUAUUGUAUGUUUUACAUUUAAAUUUCUAAAUAUAAUAUAAUAAAACAAAUUGGUGCAAAUUGUUAAAUAACAUAUUUAAACUUUUAUCUGAAAGCGAUAGUGAAAAUAUACACAUAGCACUCAUUGUAGUUGAAUUCUGAAACUAUAAUUUCGUAUAAGAUUCAAAAACUAUAUAAUUAUAUUAACGCCAUUGAUUAUUAUAUAAUAACUUUAACUUACGAUAAAAUAGAAAUUUCAUUUAUGGUUAAAAUAUAACAAGUUUUGAAGCGUUUUGACAAUAAUACCGAGUGAUCCAUUUAAGUGGUAUUAUCUCGGAAAGUAUUAAAUUUUUGGGGAAUUUGUUUUCUAGAACAUUUAAGAAAUAAGAUGCUCUAUAAUUUUAUGUUUUUAUUGUUUUUUUCCACCCUUAUUUUGAGGGUAAAACCACUACAUACUUUUGGUUUUCAAACGGCAACCUAUACUAAAAAUUUCAUAAAUAGAUUAAUUAGUAAUAGUUAAAAUAAAUUUGAGUGUUGAGAUUUUUGAUUUCUGUCGAUCCGUUGACGAGAUAUUCCACUUUUAAAUGGAGAGCUGUAGUGGAGUAUCAUUUAUGGGGUGGUACGGCGAGCGACGUGUUAAUAUAAUGCACCAUUACUCUCCUCCAACCUAAACUUAAAAGUGGAAAAUCUCGUCAACGGAUAGACGGAAAUUUCAGCACCCAAAUUUAUUUUAACUAAUACUUCAUCUAUUUAUUGAAUUUUUAAUAUAGGUUCGAAAAUCAAAAGUAUGUGUUGAUUUUACCCCCUAAAUAAAGGUGGCAAAAAAUAACAUAAAAUUGUAGAGCAGCUGUUUCUUAAAUGUUUUAGAAAACAAAUUCCUCAAAAAUUUAAUACUUUCCGAAAAAACGAGUGUCUUAUGAUAGAUUGAUCACCCCGUAUACGACUAGUUUUAGUAUGAUUGCUACGUAUGGUGUAGGGUAUGUGGAAGCUGGUUUUCGUAUGCUACAACAAAAUAAAUAUUCCUUAUCUCAGGCAUUGUUAAAUGAGGCACACAUUUAUCUUUAGCGAAGUGAGGAUGCGACUCCAUACAAUUUAUAAUAGUUUGUUUUUAGUCGCCGGUUACAGAACCAGAUUCAAUUUUUUUUUCUCUAAUGAAAUUUUGAUUUAAAAGCAAAUAAAAAUAAGCUGAUAAAUAGUCACACACUCCAAUAGAAUAACACGAGUACGACUGUACGGGAAAUAACCAUUACAGUGUAAUAUCAAUUAUCAAUACGCUUCAAACUUGUUAAUGUAUUUUAACCAUAAAUGGAAUCUCUACCGGAGUUAAAGCUAUUAUAUAGUAAUAAUAUAAUUAUACAAUUUUCGAAUCUUAUAUGAAAUUAUAAUUUCAAAAUUAAACUACAAUGAGUACUGAUGUAUAUAUUUUCACUAUCGUUUUCAGAUACAAAUGUAAAUGUAUAAUUUAACAAUUUGAUUUAGGUGCUUAUUUAUUUUAUAUUUAUGUAAUAGACAUAUUAUACUUAGAAAUUCAAAUGUAAACAAUACAAUAUUUUUUAUAUAUAAUGAAUAAUUGUAUAAUAAAUUAGCGUUCCUAUAGUGAGUUAGAAUACCACCAUUAUUCGUUUAUAUGUACGGACUGCUAUAAGUACGAUGGUACCUAUAGGUUACGUAUGUAGGUUUACGUAUUUUAAAAUGUUAUUCGAAUAGGUUCGAAAUAAAAAUUCGGAUAAACGUCAUUAUAUAAUGUCGUCGUACGUACGAAUAUAAAUGCAGUACGAAUAACAUCUUUAUGGCCAAAUCAUCUUCGUAUACGAAAAAAUAUGUACGAACGAUCGUACUAUGUAAGAACCAAUUUUCGUACGGCGUAAAAAAUAGAGCCCCAGGUUUUUAUCACGAAAACCACAAUUCAUAAUCGUGACGUAAAUGUGAUAUUAAAGUUUAAGGAUCGAAACAAUAGACGAUCAUCGGAAAAAUUACCUACAGAUUCUAUUGUAAAGCCCAGAAAAAGUUUUUAUUUCCGAAAAUUCUGAUCCGUAUUUUUUAAUAUUUUAUUUAUUUUCAAAGGUCCGGUCGCGUAUCGAGUGAAGAUCAGUUGAUGCCAUUGUACGUGAUGGAUACGAUGAGUUCCGUACCCGGCUUAACGGGGCUUUUCAUAGCCGGGAUAUUUUCGUCGGCUUUGAGUUCAGUGUCACCGAUACUUAAUUCGUUGGCCGCAAUCACGAUGGAAGACUACAUUAAAGUGAACAUACAACGUUUUUAAGAGAAAAAGUUCGAUAACAUGAUUGCCUAUAUAAUAUUUAUAGCCGUUCAAGAGCAAAGAAUUAUCGGAUAAAAAACGAGUUUAUCUGAUGAAAAUAUUAAUGAUCACGUACGGAUCUAUUUGCAUAUUUCUAUCGUUUUUGGUCGAAUAUCUGGGCGCGGUGCUCCAGGGAGCGUUAACGAUAUUCGGUGUAAUCGGAGGACCGGUGCUGGGCGUGUUUACACUGGGAAUACUUAUGCCGUUCAUCGAUCAAAAAGUAAUCGAUCUAUGAUAUAUAAAACGAGUUAAUCUCUAAUAAUAUUCGUAUGGUUAAAUUUUCAGGGAGCUUUGGUUGGUUUGAUAUUUGGCUUGGUCUUUUCCUUUGUACUUGGAUUCGGAGGACCGAAACCACCGGUCGACCAUUUACCAUCGUUCACAAACUCGUGCAUAGCGUACAACGUUUCCCAUUUGUCACUACAAACAAAGUAUUAUAAUUUAGUACCAAUUCGUAUUUAAAUGUUCUUCUACGUUUGUAUAGUAUACGACGAUAAAGAUCUAACUGCCGAACACAUUUUUCAAUUUUUUUAAUAUUUUUAUUUUCUACCAUUUUGUAUUACCAAAUCGUACUAAUAAGUUCUCAGUUAUAUUUGUCUGCAUUAUAUUUUACCCGAUCCACCCAUCUUAUUGUUGAUCGUUUCUUUUCUCUUAGAAGAACACACUUUAUCUAAUACACUAUACCAGAGAUUCUUCUUCUGAGAAGAACUAUAGAACACAUCUGAUACAAACUGCUUGAUUUCAUUGUUUAUGAAGAUUCUCUAUUCUCCUGGAAUUUCUGAUAAAACCCAAAAAUAUUCAUGUUAUAUUUAUUUUGAUAACAAAAAGUUAAUCUGGAAUUUGCGUUUCAUAAAAUCGAUAGUGAAAACACUACUGUGUUUUGCAAAAAUCCGUGAAAUGUUUAAACGUUAUUUGAACUAUAAGUACGAUCAAAAUAAAAUACUAUUUGACAUUACUGUAGGCACAAACCAGAUUUUCCUUUUUACAAAUACCAUUCCAAAGCUCUAGAAUCCACCCGCAUUAUAUUUUAAACCAGAAAUUUCAGAAGGAAGAUGAUGAUCUUCAAUCAUAAAUAUGACCCUGAAAAACCUACUUUGUGAUAAUCAUCAUAGUCAUUUAUAAAUUCAAAUAGCUAUUUUAAAUUUCACAAAUUUCAACAAAAGCUAUGUAGAGUAUCCAAAUAUACCUCUUGCGAUAUUUCUGAAAGUAUUAACGUAUUUUGAAAUUGUUUUUUCUUAAAACUUUAAGAAAUAAACAACUCUAAAAUAGUAUUUAACCACUAAGGAUUAUUAUCCUUAUUUUUGGUGGUAAAUAGACUAUCUACUUUUAAUUUUUUAAAUGACACUUUUCAUCUUUAUUAUUUCAAAAUAGCACAUCGUGUCGCCACACAUAUUAUACCCCACUAUUUAAAUUUCUCUUUAUUCAAAAUUAAAAGUGGAAUAUCUCAUCAACGGGUAGACGAAAAAAAAUGUCAACACCUAAACGUAUUUAAACUAAUAUUUCAUCUUUGUAUAGAAUUUAUAAUAAAAAUUGCUAAUUGAAAAUCAAAAGUAGGUAAUUGUUUCAUUCCCGAAAUUAAAGGUGACAAAAAAUAAAAGUAAUUUUUAUGAAAAUGGUAAUUAUUUUAGAGCUGCUUAUUUCUUUAAUUAAAACAAAAAAAAAUAAAAAAAAUCAAAAAAAGUUAAUAUUUUCCGAGAUAUUACAAUAGGUAUAUCUUCGUGAGACGAAAUGGGUUUCAAAGAUGUAUUUUUUUAUGUUUCCAUAAACAUUUUUUUUUAUGAAUUGUAUAAAUAUACAUACGAUAAGAACGUCUCGUUAAACUUUUUAGAUAGGUACCCACCUACAUGCAACCAAAGAAAUUUAACACGAACCGUAAACUCGUAUUAUUUUAGAGGCAUCAUUAUUUCUAAGUUUAAUGCCCUCUGUUUUUCUCUAAAAAUCGCUAACAAUACCAAUAAUUUUAGACAUUUUUUUAAUGUCAUCCUUUAGUGUGUAUCGAUAAAAUACUAUAGUUUUAGUGAAUUUCCUAACUAUCUGAUUAUUUGUCUAUAUCAUAAGGGAUGCAACAUGGUAGUCAACGCUACUAAUAUAAUAUUCCAUAUACACAAUUUUGAAAUUAAAUAACACUUCACAUAAUAUUUGAACAUUUACUUUAAUAAUGAGAAUAUUUCAACAUUAUAUCGUAAUAAAUACUAUUUAAAUACAUAAUAUAAUAUUCUAUAUACAUAAUUUUGAAAUUAAAUAACACUUCACAUAAUAUUUGAACAUUUACUUUAAUAAUGAGCAUAUUUCAACAUUAUAUCGUAAUAAAUACUAUUUAAACACAUAACAUAAUAAUUCGGAAAUAAUAUUUCCGAUCAUUCGUUUGAGGAUCAUUAGCAUAUAAAUUAAGAAUUAAUCCGCCUCCUUUCAGAGACGCGUCCCUGAAUAAUUUAUAUGCAUCGUAAGAAACUAGUCGAAUAAUUAAUAUUUUUUGAUAAUGCUAUAAUAAUAUUAUGCCUCAUCAUAUAUUAUUAUGAUAUUUCCCUGCUGCACUGUUCGAUAUUAUGUCACGUAAAUUUAAUGGUCUCCCCACCCCGUGUAUAGAAUAAUUAUUCAUCGAUAAGAUACUUAUAUCACAAGGUAUUCAAAUACCACCAUUCUCUCUACCCAAACUUAAAAGUGGAAUUUUUCUUCAACGGGUUGAGUACCCACGUGCAAAGUACGUCUGUCUUUUUUUUUAUUUAUAUAACAAAGAAAUGUUUAGAGUUAUCGUUUUAAAUUAAUAUAUUAUUUUAAUACCUGAAUUUAAAUAUGAUGUUAAUAAUUAUUAAAUAUAUUUUAUAAAAACUAAUAAAAACUUAUAAAGUAAUUAUAAAUAACGAAAGCCGGAUAUCAAAAAUCAAAUUAAUCAUCUUGGGAAUCAAAUAACUAUAUAACUAUCCAAAAGGAGUAAAGGAAUUAAGAAAUUAAGAUUUUGCGUCAGCAUAUUAUGACCUUGCAGUUAUUAACACGCAUUUUAGCAAGAGUGAAAGCAUUUUAUAACUCUUAAGAUUGAAGGGAAUAUAUCGCAAAUUGAUUAUUUUAUGUGGAAGAAGGAACGUUUUAAGCAAAUAAAAGAUUGUAAAAUAAUACCUUGUGAGAAUUGUAUAUCACAGCGUGAUUAUAGAGUUUUGGUGCUAUGGGAAGAAAGUGCAUACAAAUAAUAGAGUUGGAGGAUUCGAUGGUGGAAAUUCAUGAUAGAUAAGGAUAAAUAGUAUAUAAAUAAAAUGAAAAAAAAAUGUUUACAUGGAAUAUUGAGAAAAAUAAAAAUGAAUUGUGUAAAAGGAUGGCCAAUUAUAUUAAAAUUACUGCAAAGGAGAUCGCUGGUGAGAUUUAACUCCAGCUUUAGCUUUAAAGUGGUUCUUGAUCUUUAGCAUACUACUCUAGCGUAAUACGCUAGAGAUAAAGAAAACUUGGUAGUGGGGCGAGGAAGUUCAGAGAGUUUAGCUAGUAAGAAAAACCAUUUAAGAUUUGACAGCAAAACAGAAAGACGGAUGAUUGGAUGGAGUACAAAAGUCUGUGCAAGAAAAUUAAGAGAGAUUAAAUCGUCCAUAAAAUUCGUUCAGUCAAAUUUAUUCGAAAUUUUGGUGUACAUAACAAUAUAAUCGCUGCUGUUCAACGCUCUACAGAUAAAUAAUAAAUAUAUUAUUUUUUUUAUUCUAGACCACUCGUUCCCGAAGGCGGUUACAUAUAUCUGUAUCGGAUCAGUUACAUGUACUAUGUAGUUUUGGGAUUUGCGGUAACGUGUAUGAUGGCGGUGAUAGUAAACGCAAUAUUUCGUGCAGGAAAAAACCGCAACUGCAAUCCGGAUCUAUUUAUGCCGAUCAUCGCGAAAAACAUGAAAAACCGUAAAAACGAUAGCACUCCAAGCCAAGAGCGUUAAUACAUUUUUCAUUUUUAUAUUAUUCUUAUUUUAUUACAUAUUUGCGUGAAUACGUAUUAUUAUAAUUUUGCGUUUGUGCCAACGAUAGAUUGUAUAUAGUAAAAUACCAGUUUUAAUAAUUUAAGUAGGUCUGAGUACUUUACAUUGCACAGUACCCAAAUUUAAAAAAAAAAAAUCCAAUAAAUGUACAUAAUAAUAUUAUAAUGCAUAUUACGAUAAAAAUAUAUUGCGCGUAUUUCCAUCAUUAUAGGCUGCAUUAUUUCAAACACAUUUUUAAUAAAAAAAAUAGUAAUAUAAUUUACUAAAUAAAGCAAAUAAAAAUAAAUAAAUAUUUAUCCCCCAGUACUUUUUGUAUAUCUAUUAUGCUUUCAAUAUAUAAAAAAAAGAAAUUGUUUAAAUUACGAUUUUAGUUUUAACUUUUAUUUGUUAAAUAGUUGUAUAAAUACUUCUUAUUAUUACCACC